GCGGUGAUUGAGCACGGAUCCAAGCUAUCCGUAGAAUUAGCAACAGCUUACUUGGCUAGGUGUGAUGCUAGCGCACACACUAUGGACUACCUCAUACAUCUCGGGUUAAAACUCGGUGGUUUCCUGAACGAGGCUGGGUGGUACGCAGAUGCGGAGCGUGUGCUGCUUCGCGUCAAGGAUCUCUGCCAGUCUCUGCCACAGACCACCUACUACAAACGACUCACGCUCGAGUGUUGCCAUAGGUUACUAAACACACAAUCGGCGUAUUGCUGCUUCCCCGCGGCGUCGGAGACGUACAAGCUGGCACUCGAACUGCUCGGCAUCCCCGAUGACGUCACGGGACCCAUGCCCAACGGGCCAUUCGCCUUUGGUGACCGCAGCUUCUACCGUGAGAACGAGCAACAGACUGACGACACGGCUGACAGAUUGUCCAGCCUGUCGGUGUCGGGCGAUGAGUCGAGCCCGAGCGAGGGGCAACAGUACCUCGUAUGGCGCCGGCCGGUGUACGGCGCGGACGCGCUGGUGGUGCGCACGUGCAAGGAGAUCAGCUCGCUGUUCUUCAUCCGCUGCGACUACUGCGCCGCCCACGCCUGGGCCAUGCGAGCGCUGGCGCUGCUCACGCCCCACACUCCGCCCAAAAUAACAAUAGAAGUCCUUCGUGCGUGCGGGAAAGCUUGCGUUGUAAAGCGACGCUUCACACAAGCUGGCAUCUUGGUGCGACAGGCCGUCGCGCUAGCACGCAGGGUGUUCGGACCCCACCACCCACGUUACGCCGCGGCGCUCCUCGAUUACGGCUUCUAUCUGCUCAACAUCGACUCUAUAACUCACAGCGUUGCCGUAUACGAGGUUAGUCAAACCAUACUGCGUUCAGAAUUUGAAAAGCAAGGGUGCUGGUGA